CUCUCCAGCCAUGAGCAGCAAAGUCUCUGGCGACACCCUGUACGAGGCGGUGCGGGAGGUCCUGCACGGGAACCAGCGCAAGCGCCGCAAGUUUCUGGAAACGGUGGAGCUGCAGAUCAGCCUGAAGAACUACGACCCCCAGAAGGACAAGCGUUUCUCGGGCACCGUCAGGCUCAAGUCCACCCCUCGCCCCAAGUUCUCGGUGUGCGUCCUGGGGGACCAGCAGCACUGCGAUGAGGCCAAGGCCAUGGAUAUCCCCCACAUGGACAUCGAGGCGCUGAAGAAGCUCAAUAAGAACAAGAAGUUGGUCAAAAAGCUGGCCAAGAAGUAUGACGCCUUUCUGGCCUCUGAGUCUCUGAUCAAGCAGAUCCCGCGUAUCCUGGGCCCAGGCCUGAACAAGGCUGGCAAGUUCCCUUCCCUGCUGACACACAAUGAAAACAUGGUGGCCAAAGUGGAUGAGGUGAAGUCCACGAUCAAGUUCCAGAUGAAGAAGGUGCUGUGUCUGGCUUGGCUCGUGUCUUUUAGCAAGUUUGCUAAUGUUUUGGCUGAAAGUCAGACGUGA